AUGAACCCCCCCGGGACGUAUACCGCUCCUGGUCAUACUAAGGGGGAAAGAUGGGAAGAUGAUUAUAGCGAGAGGUCAGCCCUGAGGCGGAACGAUGCUGGCCCAAGCAACUCAAAAUCCAAUAUCCCGUUAGCAAAUUUGUCUACCGGUUUAGAUCCAGGGAUAGCAACACCUAAACCCCCUUAUCGAACAUCACAAACAUCACCACUGUCGCUAUCCAUAUUCGAAAGUCCUGCAAUUGAUUAUGCGAGUUCACAAAACAAUCUAGAAAGCGGUCAUGGUUUCAAAUCAGAUAUCAUGUGCAGUUGGUUAUAUCAACAACAAUUGGAAAAGCAAUACGCCACCGGCCUGAUGCCCGGGGAAGGCGUCGUGAUAAAGAGGAGCAAGAAAAAUUUUGCGUGCUAUCCGCCAGAUCUUCGAGACGUGCCCUACGGCUUGUUUCAAAUGGCGAUGGAGCUGAAUGUUCGAUGUGCCAUGACAGUCAAUACAAGGGUCAUCACUGUCAUGCUUACCUCGAAACGGACGACGCAAGACUAUAUCCCACUUCCUGAUGGUCUCCGCUUACAGGUUCUCCCCUGCAUGCGUGACCUGCCGCAGUGUCAGAAGCAUCAUUUUGCUGCAUUCAUCGAUGAUCUCAAGAUUCUCGUCAUCUGGGACGAUAACCCGAAGAAACUUAUGGCUAGGGCAGAGGCCUUAGAAGCAGAGCUGAUGAAAGUUAUUUGGGGUUCUGGAGAAAAUGAUGACGAACAAGACGAAGGAGGAGAAGAGAAGGGCGAAAAGAGUCAAGCUGCUGAAGUAAAUAUAGCAGCGGUAGACUUAGAGGAUGAAGGCAAGGAGGAGCCGAGGCCAACCAAGCUUAGCAGUUCGGGCAUUGUAGCCGUGACGGUGGCUCUCUGCAUAAGUUGCAUGGGCCUUGGACUAAGGGCUUUGGCAUUCGAAAUUCAAACUGAUGGCUCGUUUACUCGACUAGCACUUAUUGCCGCCAUUCCGGUCGAAACGUGGGUGGCCUUUUUCUUUUUUCAGUCGCUAAUCACGAACCUUUUCCAAAUAAUGGGACCGAUAUCUGCUGUCGACAAGAACUCGAGGUUCUACUCCGGAAAGCCUCCAAUGCGGCUUAGACGAGAGGUCAACAACCUGCCUCAUGUAACCAUUCAGAUGCCCGUGUACAAAGAAGGCCUGAAGGCAGUUAUCGGACCCUCAAUCCAAUCGCUCAAAAAAUGCAUCUCGACAUACGCGUUACAAGGCGGUUCUGCUAGCAUUUUCAUAAACGACGACGGCAUGCAGCUAAUUUCCGAAGAGGAUGCCUGUGCUCGACAGGAGUUCUAUGAGGAGAACAAUAUCGGCUGGGUCGCUCGACCGGGGCACAAUCCGAAGCCAGACGAUGGUAGUCAACCCUUUCUUAGGCGGGGAAAAUUCAAAAAGGCAUCAAAUAUGAACUACGCUCUGAUGGUAAGUAAUCGCGUGGAAGAUAAGCUAGUUCAAAUACCCAGAUCCCCGGAUUGGACCGAGACUGAUGAACAGGCUGUGUAUAACCAUUGCCUCUCUGAAGUCUUACGGGAAGAUCAGGGCCGCACUUGGGCCGAGGGCAAUGUCCGCAUGGGCGACUACAUCCUGAUAGUCGACUCAGAUACCCGUGUGCCAGCGGACUGCUUGUUAGAUGCUGUUAGCGAGAUGGAGAAGUCUCCUCAGGUAGCAAUACUUCAAUUCACAUCUGGAGUCAUGCAAGUCUCGCCGUCUUUUUUCGAGGGAGGGGUCAAAUGGUUCACGAAUCUUAUCUAUUCAGCUAUCACUUUUGUAGUAGCAAAUGGUGACGCUUGCCCCUUUGUGGGCCACAACGCCAUGCUACGAUGGUCUGCCAUCCAGGAUGCCACCGUGUACCAAGACGAAGACGGCUAUGAAAAAUACUGGUCUGAGACCCAUGUGUCCGAAGACUUUGAAAUGUCUCUUAAGCUCCAGUGUGCCGGGUAUGAGCUCAGGUUCGCGUCUUAUACCGGAGAUGGCUUUCAGGAGGGCGUCUCCCUAACGGUAUACGACGAAUUAGCACGAUGGGAGAAAUACGCAUACGGCUGCAAUGAAUUGUUGUUUCACCCCAUAAAGUCUUGGUUCAAGCUAGGUCCCGUCACGCCUCUAUUUCGAAAAUUUAUAUUCUCCGGUAUACACUUGCCUAAGAAGAUGACUAUUUGCGCCUACAUCGGCACGUACUAUGCCAUUGGAGCCUGUUGGAUAUUAACCCUCAUGAACUAUUUGCUGUCGGGAUGGUUCUUUGGGUUUUACGACAAGUUCUAUAUAGACUCCUUUGCCAUAUACAUCUCGGUCAUUGUAGUCUUUACGGGGCUUGGAAACUUCUCACUAGCUAUCUUGAGGUAUCGCCUGAACGAGAUGUCGCUCCUGGGGGCCUUCUGGAACAACAUCAAAUGGAUCCCGCUGAUGACUAUCUUCUUGGGCGGCUUAUCUCUACACGUCUCGCAGGCGCUGCUAUGCCAUUUCUUUAGCGUCGACAUGGUCUGGGGCGCAACAGCCAAAGAAGUCGAAGAAGUCAAUUUUCUCGAAGAGAUACCGCGAUUGCUCAGGCGUUUUAAGGGCACCUUCGUCUGGUGCAUCCUCAUGACCGCACUUAUCAUAUGCGGCUAUUUCGUGUUCCCUGGCCAAUGGAGAAUCGUGCACUUAGCGUCGAUCUGGCCGCUCGCUUGGACCGUCGGCUGCCAUUUUUUGCUACCCGUUGUGCUGAAUCCGGCACUCAUGGUAUUUUCAUGGUGA